GGGGGACGUCGUGUGGGCCAAGGAACAUCAUUUGUCAAAGGCGGCCGAGGGGUUCGCAGCAAAGUUGGCCCUAAAAUACGACGGACCUUACCAGGUCACGGAUUUUGCGUCACCAGUAAUCUGCCAAAUACGGUACGUGAACACAAAAAAAGAGAGAACCAUCCACGUGAGCGAGCUGAAAUAAGAACAAACACAGAACACAUACGGCCAGCCACAAGCAGAUAUGUUAGACUAAAGGCAACAAUAAAGUGUCAAAGAGUCUCAAAGGAUACUACGAAAGGGUCAAAGGAUAGCUCCAAGGAUACCCGAAGGACACGGGGAAUAGGGUCCAAGGAUAGCUCCAAGGAUACCCAAAGGACACGAGGAGAAGGGUCCAAGGAUAGCUCCAAGGAUACCCAAAGGACACAAGGAAAAGGAUCCAAGGACAGCUCUAAGGAUACCCAAGGGACACGACGAAAAGGGUCCAAGGAUAACUCCAAGGAUACCCAAAGGACACGAUGAAAAGGGUCCAAGGAUAGCUCCAAUGAUACCCGAAGAAAGCGAGGAAAAGGGUCCAAGAAUAGCUCCAAGAAUGGCCAAAGGAUACAAGGAAAAGAGCCCGAGGAUAAUUUCACGGAUGCUCAGGAAUACAAGGAAGGAACCCAAGGAUAGCUCCAAGGAUUCUCAAAGAACACAGACAAAAGGGUCAAGGGAUAACUCCAAGGAGACUCUAGGAUACGAAGGAGGGAAUACAAGGAUAUCUCAAGGGAAAACAAAAAAAAAACAACUGGAGGACGGAAAAGACACAACCAUUAGACCGGAACGUCCAAACGCUCGGAGAUGACUGAAAGGAAAAUUUCCAGCGAUAGUCCGCCGAAGGAAGGAGAAGACGGCACAGAUCAGAGAGCUGUCGCCACCACCGCCGCAACCUGAUACGCCACCACCACCGACGAGGCGCGGCGGGGAAUCUCCCCGAUGGAGACCCGCGCGGCCACCCACGCCGAGGUUCGAACGGCCGCCGGCGGCAGAGUCGCACCUGCGCCGGACAAGCCCCAGUACCAACCCAGAGAGCCGGUAGGACACCACGUCCGAACGGACAUCCCGGCGGCGCACUUGACCCAUAGCAUUCGGACGUUCGUGGUUGAAGACGUGAGGUGGCGGCAACAGACGGCCGUCUGGACGUGGCCGGAGGGCCCCGCGGAUGAGAAGGCGACGGUGGAUGAGCCCCGGAUUUGGGAGGAGACGGGACCUCGGGUGAGCCUGCUGGAUCCUAGGACCCGUGGCCGGCCGGACCUGUGGACCCCGCCGACACCGAGUACGCGGCCAUCGACGCCAGGUAGUGGGCCAACGACACCGGCGGGGACACGAAACGCGGCGGAGCCUCAGGAGCGGGGGCCGUGGAAAUGGCCGGAACCGACGGGAGGUGGAAGGCCAAGUUUGAAGCGGCAACAUUCGGCGCCCGUGGUGUCCGAAUCGGCGGCGCGUCCUUAGUUGGCGCGGACGAUGUCGGCGCCGGAAGGCCAGCUAUG